ACACACACACACAUACACACACAUACACACACACACACACACACACACACACACACACAUAUCAUACCGGACAACCCAUUUUCUGCAAGUUUAUUCGAAAAUAUAAUUGUCAAACGCGAAAAGCUUCUACUUCGAUAUCAUCUUUCUACCUCAACUUGACUCACCAUCACAGAAUUCAAAAUGCGUUUCUCUACAACAACUUUCGUUACUACAGCUCUUGUUAGCUUUGCCACGGCUCAAUAUACCAUUGAUCCAGAAAGUGUACCAUUGGCGACUCGUAAGAGCUGGUGUCAAUCACAAACACAAACAUGUCCAUCGCUUUGCUUGCAAAACGGUGCCGGUAGCUCCACCACUACUACCAACACUUGUGAUCCCGAUACUCUCGACUAUGCAUGCAUUUGCGGCAAUGGUCUCUCGCCAAACGCAUCCGAAUACUCCUUGACCCUCCCAUACUUCAUCUGUACUCAAUACGCCACCAAUUGCGUCAAUGCAUGCAACGGAGAUAACACCUGUCAAGCAGCAUGUCGAGAUGACAAUCCAUGCGGAGCCCAAAACCCAACCCGUAUCAAUACUACCUCUAGUACCACUCAAAGCGCAACUGGUACAUCGGGAGCUUCCAGCACAAGUGGCGUUGCAUACACAGGAUUGGGUGGAUCAUCUUCAACAUCUACUCCUAAGAGUGGUGCUCAGAUGACUGUGGACUUUGGAAAAUCAUAUGGUUUGGCGGUUGUUUUCACAGGUCUCUUUGCGGGGUUUGCUUUGGUAAUGUAAAUUGACCGCUUCUUUGAUGGAGGGAGAUGGUGUUGGCGAAGUGGGUUACUCGGUCAAUUUGUUGCGUUUGUGAGAUAUGGCUUCAUAUCAUAUCAUCUCAUAUCGUAUGAUAUUUGAUAUUGAUAUCGAUGAUCACUGUUGCACAACGAAACACUCUCGAAUUCGGUACCCCGGUGUUUUUGAAACUUUAGCGAUCAUUAAGUGUGCGUUUUGUUUUCGGCUUCCUCCUUUGUCCUGUUUUGAGGAUUUUGAGCGUCGAGUUGGUUUCUGCUUCUUGCACAUACAUAUUACAAUGUCUGACAUCCUGGAUACAAACAUGGAUGAGCUUAAUGGAGAGAGCUUUAGCUAGAUUACUUGUUUAAGUAUAUAGCUAAGUUCGGGAUGGAAUAAUAUGGUAAUGAAGGGGAUUGUUGAAAAGCGUUGUCGGAACAGUCUAGAUCUUUUAGAUUUAGAUAAACAAGAGCUAUACUUCUGGCUACGAAAUAGAAGCAAAACUUUUUAAUCAUGCCUACUGUUCCAUGACUCGAUGUGACAUUGUUGAGAUGUAUCGGUAAUCUUG